AUGCUCCGAAGAGACCUGGUCUUCGAUUUCCAAGAGCAGCUACGCUCCCCAACAUCAGCGACAUCGAAGACUCUGAGAGCGAAGAGCGAAGAUGAUAGUGGCGGUGUCAGUGCUGACGAGGAGGACCCCCACUUGUCGGAUGAAGAAUUGGAACUUGUCUUCGACUACUGCGCUGAGCAAGAAGAGGUUGAUCAUUUCACAGGCCCAUAA